GUACAGAUAAUAUUUUUGAGAAUCAGCAGCUGCUCGGUUACAUAUAUGGGAAAUCGUAUCAAUUUGGGAACCUAAAAAAGAGUAUAAAAAGCUACUCGGACUUCCUCAGACACUGUGUGAUCACAUCAAGGUUUCUUGCUUGAGAUCAGAGGACUAGCGCUAUCAUGUUUGCGUGUAAGGUGGUUGUGAGCGUACUCGCUUUGCUGCUCUGUUCAGUCAGAGCUCAUGAUGAGCCAAAUUUCGAGGACCCGUUAGCUGAGCUUUCUGUGGGAGAGCUGAUCGAAAGAGCAAACACUAUCCUCCGUCGUGGCUCUGAUGAACCCACGCUGGUUGAAGGAGACAUCGCUGUGUCUGAGGACAAUGAGAGAAACGCUGAUCCCUGCACAUCUAGAGGCUGCAUGUGGCCAAAGUCUACUGAUGGAAAAGUCUACGUGCCCUAUGUCAUCGCCAACCAUUACUCAAGUAGUGAGCGUCAGGUUAUCCAGCGUGGUCUGGACUCCUUCGCCUCCUUCUCUUGCAUUCGCUUCACACCGCGUUCUAACCAGAGGGACUACCUCAGCAUUGAGUCGCGCAAUGGAUGCUACAGCUAUGUUGGACGUCGUGGCAACGCACAGACGGUGUCUCUGGCCCGCAGCGGUUGUGUCUACCACAAGACUGUCCAGCAUGAGCUUCUUCACGCCCUGGGCUUCAACCAUGAACAAACCCGCAGUGACCGAGACAGUUACAUCCGUGUUGCCUGGGAGAACAUUCAGAGUGGCAUGGAGCACAACUUCAACAAGAUUGCCACCUUGAACCAGGGAACUCCCUACGAUUACAACUCUGUCAUGCAGUACCACAGAACUGCUUUCUCUAAGAAUGGCCAACCCACCAUGAUCCCCACCCCAAACCCCAAUGUGUCCUUCGGCCAGGCCACUCAGAUGAGCCAAAAUGACAUUAAAAGGCUCACCACCCUCUACAAAUGUUAAACUGGAGUGUGCUGCAAUGAUCCAUUUCCUGGUGGUCUCUUUUAAGGGAAAUAUCAGAUGUCUGUAAUUAAUCAGUUAUAAUAAAACCAUUGGCUUGCUGA